AUGUCUAUAUAUGUCUUAACUCUUACAAGGUUUAGACAAAAGCAUAAGAAAAAAAUAGAGCCAAUCAACACACAUCAAGAAAAGUAUGACAGAAAGGCUGAACUAGAAGCCUUUGAUGAGACGACGAAAGCCGGUGUCAAGGGACUAGUGGAUACAGGUAUAAGAAAAGUACCAAGAAUCUUUAAACAGCCAUCACAAAGUGAAGACUCAACAAUUCUCAGCAACAAGAAAUUAUUGAUCAAGCUUCCAAUAAUUGAUCUUGAUGGUAUCAAGGAAGAUCCGAUCAAGCGAAAGAAUAUUGUCCAGGCAGUCGGUUAUUCAUCCGAGACUUGGAGUUUCUUUCAAGUGAUCAAUCAUGGGAUUCCUAGUCAUGUUCUGGAGGAAAUGAAAGACGGGGUUAUCAGGUUCUUUGAGCAAGAUACUGAGGUGAAGAAGCAGUGGUAUACGCGAGAUUUGACAAAAAAGUUUACUUUUAAUAGAAGUUUUGAUCUGUUUAGAGGACCAGUAACCAACUGGAGGGACACUUUUUGCGCUACCAUACCUCCUGUACCUCUAAGUCUUGAACAACGCCCUUCUGUCUACAGGUAUUAUAUGGAUAUUCUCCUCGAGUACACAAACCAAGUGAUGAAAUUAGGCGGUAUGCUAUUUGUAAAUUUACAAUUUGAACUACUGUCUGAGGCUAUUGGUCUCGAACCAAACCACCUCAAGGAUAUGGGUUGUAUAGAGGGACUUCUGGCUUUAGGCCAGUAUUAUCCAGCAUGCCUACAACCCGAACUUACUCGAGGCGCCAGUAAUCAUGCUGACAAUGACUUUCUCACCAUUCUCCUCCAAGACAAUAUUGGCGGCCUCCAAGUUCUACAUCAGAACCAUUGGGUAGAUGUUCCGCCUACUCUUGGAGCUCUCGUGGUCAAUAUAGGUGAUCUAUAG